CACUAACCGAUAGCUGUCACCACAAUUCAAUUGCAAUCCAAUUCAAAAUGAAGAAUUCCAAGAAAAAACCCCGUAAAAUGGCCAAUAAACCCAAAGAUUCAACGGAUACUCAAAAAAAGAAGGUUAUAGAGCUGCUUCACGAGUACAACGACCUGAAGGAUGCGACGCAAUUAAUCCUGGGCGCCAUGGCUACCAUUAAAAGCGUUCCCAUUCGAUCGCUAUAUGGCACCUACAACCUGCCCACCGUAGAAUAAAAAAGGUUUUCGAGUUGUAGUAUUCAUGUACUUGUUGUAAACAAUUUUUAAAACAACCAAGUGCAUGUACAUAUGUAAAUGCCACCUGGUAGAGCAGUUCCUUGAGUCUACAACUAAUAAAUCCACCUUAAACUAA